AUGACUGACUCGAAUGCACCUUCAAGUGAACAAGGCUCACGUCUGCAGGACGUCUCGGCCGUGCAACGGCGUCUCCCAUCUCUCUGGCCACAGGACCCGCAAGUUUGGUUUCACCAGGUCGAGGCGCAAUUCUCCCUGUACCGCAUUGCCGCGGAAACGACGCGCUACUAUUACGUAGCCUCAGUCAUUCCUCUUGAUGUUGCCAGCGAGCUCUCCGACGUCCUCUCCAACCCCUCGGACACUACGCCAUAUCAGCACCUUAAAACCAAGGUGGUGGAACGAUUCAUGCCUUCGGAACGCGUCCGCCUACAGCAGCUCCUUGCAGAGGGGGACCUUGGCGACAGGCGCCGCUCCCAACUACUGCGCCGAACGCGACAGCUUCUUGGGGAACGCGACGUCUCUGCCCACUCAGCGUUGCUUCGCGAGCUUUUCCUCCAAUGCCUUUUUCAGCCAAUCCGCCUCGUCCUCGCGGCGGCCGGCGACGUCAACCUCGACCGCCUGGCGGAACUCGCCCAUCAGGUUCAUGAAGCGACCUCUCCAUCUGUCAGCACAUUCUUACCACCAGCAGACACAGCGAUUUCGCGCCUUGGGGCACGCAUCGACGAACUCGCCGCCUCCAUUGCCGCACUCCGGAGCCCCCUGCAGGAGACUCGUUUGCCUCGUUCCGGUCGUCGAGCUCUUCCACGCACACGAGAUGCUCGGAGUCCCAGCCCUCCACCUCUCUGCUGGUACCGCCGGCGUUUCCGACACCGAGCCACGAAGUGUACAUCUCCAUGUUCGUGGCAGGGAAACGCCUGCCGGGAUCACUGA